GUCAGCUCUCAAGUGAGUAAGAGGGCCGUAUCGAUUGGAACUAUCCGCAUACCAUACAGGGUCUGAGGUGCUACACUGUGCCUAAAUCUGAAGGGGUCCAAGUUCCAUUUGUUGGCAGAAUAAAAGGGAUGACUGCAAAGCGCUCCUCCAUCUGAAACACACCAGAAGACGCGGUUCUUCACGUGUCUUCAUAUUUAUGGGAUAAAAUCAGCCAUCAUGUCGGGGAAGUCAGAUGGGAAGAAGAAGUGGGCGGCAGUCAGGGGACGCCUGGGCUCCUCGCAGGACUCAGAUACACAGCCAGAGGCCAACCUAGAGAGUGCUGAUCCAGAGCUGUGUAUCAGACUGCUCCAAGUUCCCACCGUGGUCAACUACUCCGGGCUAAGGCGUCGCCUGGAGGGCAGCGACCAGACAUGGAUGGUCCAGUUCCUGGAGCUGAGUGGGUUGGAUCUCCUCCUGGAGGCCCUGGACCGGCUCUCGGGCCGGGGAUGCUCUCGCAUUGCCGACGCCCUUCUGCAACUCACCUGUGUCAGCUGCGUCCGGGCAGUCAUGAACUCCUCUGCAGGGAUCCACUUCAUUAUAGACAAUGAAGGAUACAUUCGGAAGCUAUCCCAAGCUUUGGACACUUCCAACACCAUGGUGAAAAUGCAGGUGUUUGAGCUACUUGCUGCCCUCAGCGUGUUCUCUACAGACGGUCAUCGCCUGGCACUGGAUGCCCUGGACCACUACAAGGGCGUGAAGACGCAGCAGUAUCGCUUCAGUGUGAUCAUGAACGAGCUGCAGGCCACAGAUAACGUCCCUUACAUGGUCACACUCCUCAGUGUCAUCAACGCCCUCAUCUUCGGGACAGAUGACCUCCGGCAGAGAGAUAAGAUGAGAAAGCAGUUUAUCGCGCUCCAGUUACUUGAUAUUCUGCCAAAGUUAAGGUGA